AUGUCGUUCCUUCUAGUCGAGAACCAGACCUGGUUCCACCGUCCACCCCCCGACUCAUGUCGUUCCUUCUUCUUCUUCUUCUUCUUCCACAGGUUGUUCUCCACCAAGUGCAGCGGCUGCCUGGAGAAGAUCUCGCCCACGGAGUUCGUGAUGCGCGCCCUGGAGUGCGUCUACCACCUCAACUGCUUCUGCUGCUGCGUGUGCGACCGGCAGCUGCGAAAGGGCGACGAGUUCGUCCUGAAGGAGGGUCAGCUCCUGUGCAAGUUCGACUACGAGCGGGAGAAGGACUUGCUGAGCUCCGUCAGUCCCGAUGACUCAGACUCAGAGAAAAGUGAGGACGAGGAGCUGGACAUCAAACCAGAGAAAGGAGUCGCAGGACAAGGGAAGGGGGACGAUGGGAAGGAUCCCAGGAGGCCCAAGAGACCCAGAACCAUCCUGACCACUCAGCAGAGACGGGCCUUCAAGGCCUCCUUUGAAGUCUCCUCAAAGCCCUGCAGAAAGGUGAGAGAGACUCUGGCUGCAGAGACCGGUCUGAGUGUGAGGGUCGUCCAGGUCUGGUUCCAGAACCAAAGAGCUAAGAUGAAGAAGUUGGCCAGAAGACAGCAGCAGCAGCAGGAGCAGCAGAACUCUCAGAGACUGGGCCAAGAGGUGAUGUCCAAUCGGAUGGAGGGGAUGAUGAACUCCUUCACACCACUGGCUCCACCUCAGCAGCAGCUGGUGGCCAUGGACCAGAAUGGCUACAGCACAGACCCGUUCCAACAGGGGCUCACCCCCCCACAGAUGCCGGGGGACCACAUGAACCCAUAUGGUGAGUUCCAGAACUCCAGGAGACGAUAUUUCAUGGCGUCGUCGGACGUGGGCUCCCUGCAGAACCGCGUGGGAAACCCCAUCGACCGCCUGUACUCCAUGCAGAACUCUUACUUCGCGUCAUGAGGGGGCGGAGCCGGAGGUAAAGAAAAAACAAAAAAAGAAGAAAAGCAUCAGAGAAACAGAAGGAGCGUCAGGAACCUGAGGUCCACGGGCCUGGAGCUCCUCCACCGACCCCUGAC